AUGGGAGAUGAACAGCAACUUCGCGACGCGUUUGGCAUUGCUAAGAACUUUCUGACCCCAGUUCUCGAUCGAGAGGAAAUAAAGAAGACCCAAGGCAAAUCCUUGUUGCAGAUCCUCAGUCGGGAUUCGGAGGGUGAUGAUGCCGCGAGACCAGCGGUGAUCAAUAGGGCUUUGGAUAUUUUGACCAGUAUCCAUAAAUCAUUUGUAUCACCUGAGGACCAAUUUGGGUCACUCAAAUCCUGCGGGGAGGUUGAAGACUCACCAGCAGAAGAUGCCAAGCGUCGUCGGAUGCUACAUGCAUUACUGGACCUGGUUUCUCUGGAAGGAAUAUAUCCUUCGCUAUCAUCUGGCGUUGGGAUCCCCCUGCAGCAGCGUGUGAUAUCGGUAUUACCAGCUGGUGUCAUUGCGAAGCAGGCUCAAGCAUCUGCUAGUAGUGUACCGCACGAUGAGCCUCUUUUGCGCCGCAUAAUCGACGUUUUGGUUGACGUUCUUUUCGACCCAAGACCAAGCCUCCAGCCGAUCAUUCGUGGUCGUAUAUUGAGUGAUAUAAUCAGUGGCACGGCCGAUCUGGCUUUCAAUCCAAAUACCACGGCAUCAUUCGACCGGACUAAGUAUCAGAAAACGUUGGCCAAAAUAAUUGAUGAUACCCCAACCACUGUGUUGCUACCUACGCUGUCCGCGUUCCUCCAGUCAGAUACUGCACCAUGGUUCAAGUCCACUAUCUCCAGCCAGAUCGCGCAAGUUCCGCUACGACCCGGUGGAGUAGUGCAAACCAUCAUGUUCAUUGCGUCGCAGUUUUCCCCAUCGCUAGGCCAGGAAGCACAGGACCAGUCACAUGGCCCUCGUUUGACUGUGCAGGCGAUCAUGCAAAUCUCACGACUCCUUUCUUCUGUGCCAUCUGAUGUUGACCCAACUGUCUAUUUUGAGACAAUUGCUCCCCAACUGCUAGCAUUGAUAGACGGCGAUGAUCCGGAUCUGAGGCAAACUGCAUCCUACGUUGUCGGUAAUGGAAUUUUGGGGAAACGGGCUUAUGGUGCUCCUGGUACUGUCGGCCACUCCAUCUUUAUAGAGCCUAUAUUCAAUGCACUUACCGCGAAUCUUGACGCUAAAUCAAGGCGAUGGAUCACCCGUUUUACCGAUAUUGAAGGCUCUUUUCCAAAUUCCGUGGCACCAAAUCCCGCAUCCAAUGUCUUGGUGGAUGGCGCCACAGUGGACCUGGCUAUAAGCAGACUGAGGUGUCUGACAUUGCAGCAUCCAAACCCCGGUCUCGUGAAACGAAUCGUCUAUCCGAUUAUUCUUCCACUAUGGGGCUUAGUUUGUUUCUCUCAGGAGGAAGAGCUGACCUCAUUCCAUGGAAGGGUAUUGCCUCUGCUACAAACAUAUUUUGGUAUCUCUGUUGGUGCCCAACCCCUCAAAAAGCUGGUUGAUAAUCUGCUUUGGGAUGGAGGCUCGACGUGGACAUACGUGAAAAAUUCCGACGCUGGGGUCGCAUUGAAGAAGCGGAGUGAGAAAACGAAUGAGCAUUCAAAUCUGGUGCGAUUGAUCGAUUCCCUCCAAGGACGAGCAGAUAUUUUCGUCAGUCUCAUCGGCUCGGAUCCUAGCAGUGAGGAACGGACGGGGGAUAUAUUCCUCUAUGUCAGUCAAAACUGGCUGGUGCAUCCCCAAGGUUCCGCACCCCCUCGCAAGACACUGAACGGAGGUCCCGUUGAUGAGAGUGACAACAUCAUACAGAGGCUUGUCAGUGCCAAGGUUGCAGAGAAGCUGCUUGAGAACUUCAAAGAAGCACUCACUCGACGCCCGCUCCGAGUUUUAGAGCUCAUCAAGCAGGUUAUUGAUGGGGAGCUACAUAGAUUUAGCGCCCAAGAAACAGCGAUGCGAGGCGUAAAUAGCAAGGUAUCCCUGUCAUCUCUGGCUAAUAUUGUGGAAACCAAGGACAACGACAGGGAUGAGUUAAGCAACGACUCCUUUGAGUCCGUUUCGACAGCCUUUAGUUUGAUGUCCACACUUCUUGCAUCCGCCGAGUUCUCUCCCACUGCCGAAAUCCAACCCCUCCUUGGAGCUUUGAAAAAGGACCUCGAUCAACUUAUUCCGUUUCUACCCACUAUCCUCUCCAAAGCAGCAACGACCUCGUCUAUGUUGUUGGAGAUUCACCUUGCCGCUACCGAUGAAACCACAAUCAAGGCAGUACCAGCUCAUGUUCAGGACCUUGACACGCAUCGUCAGGCGCUUGCCAAUCUCAACUCAGACCUACCACCCGUGCAGGCGGAGGGCCUAUCGCUGAUUUCGAAACUGAUCAUGAACUCAUCACCUGUUAUUGAUGUGGGCUCGACCCUCACACUCCUUCUCUCCCUCAUCACCGACACAUCUAAAACCGCUGCCAACGAGGAAUACGCAUACCUCGGUGCAAUUAAGAUAGUUGGUACACUAGCAUCACGUCACCCACGUACCGUGAUCAAAACCUUGGUUGAAGAGUACGCAGAUAGACGCGAGCAACGAGCCUUGGACGAAAGACUCAGGAUUGGUGAGUGUCUGCUGCGAACAGUCCAGGAAUUAGGAGACGCACUGGUCGGUGAUACGGCCAAAAUUCUUGGAGAGGGUAUCAUUGCCGUUGCAGGACGGCGUGGCAACAAGCAACAUGCACAGCAAAUCCGCAAGGAAAAACUCGCCAAAGAGAGACAGGAACAAGAACGCGCACAGCGCAAGGCAAAAGAGCCAGCUAUGCCGGAAGGCUGGUCCAUUUCAUCAGGAGUAGCCAACGCUGCUUCCGAGCUUGACCUCUCAGAACUUCAUUUAGACGACGAAUCCCCAGAGCAAUCGGCGUACGCUACAAACGUGGUUGCUGCAUGGGCUGCCGGUGCAUCCGCAGAUGAUGCUCCUGAUGACCUUCGCAUCCGGGCAUCGGCCAUUUCCAUUCUUGGAUCAGCCAUCAACGUCAAUAUCCUCGGUCUUGGCCCAGUCAUUCUUUCUUCCGCCGUCGAACUCGCGCUUGCUACCCUAACUCUCGAGACUGAACCAGAGAGUGCUAUCCUGCGCCGGGCGAGUAUCAUUCUACUCUUCGACAUUCUCAAAGCUCUCGAGGCAGCGCGGGAGAGACGCGGAAACCGGGACAUCGGGUUUGGCUUUUCUCUUUUUGACGACUCGGCUUCCAGUUUUUCGGCUCCACGUGGUUCAAGUAUGCAGGGACAGUCAACCAUUGGUAACAUCCCUGCCAUGCUACGAACUCUCCGCUUCGUCGAGGGUCGUGAGGAGGACGGGCUCGCUCGUGGAAAUCUGCGCGCCUUGAUUGAAAGCUUGGAAGCUUGGUCGGAGAAGUCCUUGAUGUGGGGCAUUGGCGCUCAGAUCCAGGAUGGUCAAGAUGGCUUCAAUCCACAAUUUGGGCUGGGUGACAGGAUCGCCGGUCUACAGGUUGAUCCCAUGGAAUGGGAAAGCACCGGACAUCCACGCAUCGAGGAGAUUGAAUGA